AUGGCUACUGAGGACGGUGACAUCGUGACCCCGUGGGAUGUGAAGGCAGCGUCUGAUUCUGGUGUUGAUUAUGGAAAGUUAAUCGAACGCUUUGGUUGCUCUAAGAUAGAGCCUUCUCUUCUUGAACGCUUUGAAAAAGCGAUUGGGAGACCUCCUCACCAUCUGCUUCGUCGAGGCAUCUUCUUUGCCCAUCGGGACCUCGAGCAAAUCUUGACAAUGUAUGAGAACGGCAAACCCUUUUAUCUCUACACUGGUCGUGGUCCUUCCUCUUCUUCUCUCCAUGUGGGCCACCUAAUCCCAUUUAUUCUCACCAAGUGGAUCCAAGAUGUCUUUAAUGUUCCCUUGGUUAUCCAACUGACUGAUGAUGAAAAGUUCUUGUGGAAAAACAUCCCAAUGGAUGAGAUUAUCAAGUUGGCAAGGGAGAACGCCAAGGACAUCAUUGCUGUUGGAUUCGAUUCCAAAAAGACGUUCAUUUUUAACAAUCUUACUUACAUGGGGCAGUGUCCGGAGUUCUACCGCACUGUAGUGAGUAUUCAACGCAUGGUUACAUUCAAUCAGGCGCGAGGUAUAUUCGGUUUUACCGAUAACGACUGCAUUGGUAAAAUCGCGUUUCCUGCGGUGCAGGCGGCGCCCUGUUUCUCCUCCGCUUUUCCCCACAUUUUUGGCCACGAUGGUGUUGGAGGGGCAAAAGGCAGUGAAUGUGAUACGAAGAAGGCAGCACCAAUGCAGAUGUCGGUGGGAUGCCUGAUCCCUUGUGCCAUCGACCAGGAUCCCUACUUUCGUAUGACGCGGGAUGUCGCCCCGCGGCUGGGCAUGCCAAAGCCAGCUCUACUGCUGUCUGCGUUCUUCCCAGCUCUCCAGGGCAGUGUGACGAAGAUGAGCGCUUCAGAUCCCAACUCGGCGAUAUUUCUUACGGAUACACCAAAGCAGAUUAGAACGAAGAUCAACAAGUACGCCUUUUCGGGUGGCGGCGCGACAAUCGAGGAACAUAGAGCGAAGGGUGGUAACUGUGACGUGGAUGUCUCUUUCCAGUACCUUCGGUUCUUCCUUGAUGAUGACGAGAGGUUGGAACAGAUUCGUAAGGACUACACUUCUGGUGAACUCUUGACGGGCAAUUUGAAGAAAGAGCUGAUCGCCAUUCUAACAAAUCUCGUGACCCAGCACCAGCGACGAAGGGCUCAAAUCACGGAGGCAGUUUUGGAUGAAUUCAUGACACCUCGACCACUAGAGCUGUGA